AUGAGUUCUAAAUCAGAUGUAAAUAGGAGGGUUCUCGCCAUUCAGGCGAAAAAGAAACGUCAUAAAUUAGGCAAAAAGAAAAACCGAGAGGAGGAGCACGGCGCUGGUGUACAAGGAAACGGGCUGCGCAAUCAAACUCAGAAUCGUCUCGAACCGACACAUAGUUCUUCCAAUGAAACUAUCGAAGAAGAUGACGACGAGCAGUACGCAAGUGAUGACGAGGAGCAGGAGGACAGUGCAGACUAUUGCAAGGGUGGUUAUCAUCCUGUCAAAAUCGGAGACUUAUUCCUUAACCGAUACCACGUCACUCGAAAGCUAGGAUGGGGUCAUUUUUCUACUGUGUGGCUGUGUUGGGAUCUCGUGGAUAAGCGGUUCGUCGCCUUAAAAGUGGUAAAAUCAGCGCCGCAUUUUACCGAGACUGCCCUAGAUGAAAUUAAAAUACUUAAAGCUGUCCGAGACAGUGACCCUUCUGAUCCCAAAAGGAAUAAAACUGUUCAAUUACUAAAUGAUUUUAAAAUUACUGGUGUAAAUGGUACACAUGUGUGUAUGGUGUUUGAAGUUCUAGGUCAUCACCUUUUAAAGUUGAUUUUGAAGUCUAAUUAUCGAGGUAUACCUCGAGAAAAUGUAAAAACCAUUAUACAUCAAGUUUUAGAAGGCUUAGAUUAUCUUCAUACUAAAUGUAAGAUAAUUCACACUGAUAUUAAGCCUGAAAAUGUUUUAGUGUGUGUUGAUGAAACAUACAUACGAAAGUUAGCAGCAGAAGCUACUGAGUUACAUUCCUUGGGUCUCAGAUUACCUCAUUCUCUGAUUAGUACGGCACCAAAGGAAUUUCAAGAGCAGGUUGUUACAGGUAAAAUGAGUAGGAAUAAAAAGAAAAAGUUAAAGAAAAAAGCGAAACGGCAAUCAAUGCUAUUAAAGAAGCAAAUGGAACAAAUAGAAGAGAUCGAGGAGCAAAAGAAAGGUCCCAAUAAUAGUGAGUCAGCUCCAAUGUCUCAAGACAUUGAUGAUUCACCUCAAACAUUUGAGGAUGUUAGUGUUCUUGAGACUAGAUCUGAAAAUGAGUCUACUGUUAAUGGUUGUAAUGAUCUACAAAGAGCAGAUGAAGAAGCUUUCGAUACUGAUGCUGAAGCUGUUCAGGUAAGAAGCAAACAGUAUGGUUGUGGUGAUGAUGCAGGAACACCAAUGUCAGAAGGUGAAUUGACUGAUACCCCUCCGUCUUUUAAUAUCCCAAACAAGGCGUCUGAUGAUAAAAGACCAGAUCCAGCCUUUGAUAUUUGUGAAGUUGAAGUAAAAAUUGCUGAUCUAGGUAAUGCAUGUUGGGUUCACCGACAUUUUACAGAAGACAUUCAAACUAGACAGUACCGUUCUUUAGAAGUCCUGUUAAGUGCUGGCUAUGGAACAUCUGCUGACAUUUGGAGUACAGCUUGCAUGGCAUUUGAAUUAGCAACGGGAGACUACUUAUUUGAACCCCACUCUGGAGAAGGGUAUAGUCGUGAUGAAGAUCAUCUAGCUCACAUAAUAGAGCUUUUAGGAGACAUCCCUAAACGAAUUGCAGCUUCUGGAAAAUACUCAAAGAUAUUCUUCAACAAAAAAGGAGAGUUGAGAAAUAUAACAGGCUUGAAGCCAUGGGGAUUAGUCUCUGUCCUAACUGAAAAGUAUGAAUGGAGUCAAACUGACGCUGAGGAGUUUGCUGAUUUCUUAAAACCUAUGUUAGACUUUGAUCCUAAUCGGCGAGCUACAGCCUAUGAAUGUCUUCAACACCCUUGGUUGAAGACAACCCCACAGGAACAAAAUGAAUCUGAGGAUAACUGA